AUGGAACCAAUUUCAGAUUUUAAAGUAUGGUAUUGUACUGGAACAUCAACAGGUAUUGGUUUAUCUAUUGUAAAGAAAUUAUUACUUCAACAAACUAAUAGAGUUGUUGCAAUCACUAGAAAUCCACAAAAAUUGGAAAAAGAAAUUCCUGUUGAACAUUUACCAAAUCUUUUAGCCAUUAAAACUGAUAUCACUAAUGAAGAAAGUGUUAAACAAUCAAUUUCAAAAACAAUGGAAACUUUUGGUAGAAUUGAUGUUGUUGUAAAUAAUGCUGGUGUUGGUAUUAUUGGUGCUGUUGAAGAGUUAUCAGAUCAAGAAUUCAGAAAAGCAUUUGAUGUAAACUUUUUUUCAGUUUUACAUGUUUGUAGAAAUGUUGCACCAAUUAUGAGAAAACAAAAGUCUGGUUUAAUUAUGAAUGUUGCAUCAGUGUUAGCUUGGUUCACAGUUGGUGAAUAUGCAGCAUAUAAUACUACUAAAUAUGCAUUAAAUGGAUUAACCUCGACAUUAGGCCAAGAAUUAGCACCAUUUGGUAUUAAAGUAGUAUUAUUAUCACCAAGUGGUUUCAAAACUAAUUUCGUAAAUGAUAAUAUGGAAUCUGCUAAAGUUAGAAUUGAAGGUUACAAAACUGAUGACCUUGCAAAAUGGUUAGAUGGUAUUGUAAAUGAAGCUAGAGGUGAUCCAGAUAAAUUUGCUGAUGCAGUUAUCGCUGUCUCAAAAAUGGAUGAAGUCCCUAAGAACCUAUUCUUAGGAACAGCAGCUGUUAAUUGGAUGGAAGGAGAAUUUAAAAAACAAAUUGAUGAAUUAAAAUUAAAUCAUGAAUUAACAAUUUCAACUGAUUUCCCAAAUUUACCACCAUUAUAA